UAGUCUCAUCUGGGUGAGCAAGAGGGUGAAGAGCUCUUCCAGGUUGCAGCCAGCAGCUACUUGCCCCAGGAGCAGGAAGGGAAGCCAACUCAAGAAAUCCUUUUCCAGAUUUCGGCCUCUUCCUUCCCCUGGGCUACGGUGAUGGCCAGCUGUUCUGUGUGAAUAGCUGCUGACAAGGUCUUAAGAAGUGGUAGAUUUCCCUACUUCUGAAGGGCUUCAGAAGCCCUUCACCUGCCCAGGAGGAAGCAAGCUCGCUUUCCUUUUCUUUCUGUGAAGGACUUUCCUUUUGAGGAGGGGGACGUUGAAACAAUUUGUAUUAAAGAGGAAUCAGUCAGUUUCACCUUGGUGGGGGGAAAGGUCCUUGCACUGCUGGGCCUUUUUUAAAUAUAUAUAUUUAAUGCUUCAGGGCCUACUUUACAUCCUGUUUGAUUUCAUGUUGACUGAUUUGAGAUGUUGACUUUUUUGGUGACUCUACUUUAAUAUAUUUGUAAUCACAGCAGAGUUUCCUGUGAAUCAUUGGGUUCUAUGGACCUUAGUGAUAUCAUUUCCCUUGGUAGGAAGUCUUUGCCUGGCUAGAGAAUUCUGGGAAUUGAAGUCCACACGUUUUAACAUUAUUGAGGUUGAAAUACACUGUUCCAGAGAGUAUAGCAUCUGGUCUCGUCCUUAUUUAGAACUUCCCUCAAGAAAGCAUCAUAGCAGCAUGCAGCAAUGGUCCAAUCUGAUUUGUUGGGAAAAGCACUUGGUUACAAAAUUACCAACAUGCUGAUAUAUCAUCACCAGAAUUCAAAUUUGAAAUGCAACUGAGGAAUGACAGCCAAAGCCUUUGAAAUAUUUCAGUGUGGUACUUUACAUACUUUACAAUCAAUCCUAACUUUUGGAAAUUCCUCCUAUAAUGAUCAUCAGAUUUUAUUCUGCCAGCAUAAGAUGUGAAAUACAAAUAAAAUACAUGUACAAAACAAGAUUGAGGUGUGUUAUCAAUUUGUUCUCUUUGGUGUGAAGUGGAGAUGUGCCUUUUUUCUUGCAGGACUAUUGGCAGGUAGGAGAUAGUGACAGUGGAGGAUGAUUUUCUCUUGGACAGGUGGGAGAAAGGAGACUGUCCUGAGAAAAUGGCUUUCAGAAACGUGAACAGAAAGAGACAUAUUGGUCUGCAACAUCUUUCAGCUUUGGCUUCCACUGGACGGACACUUUUAGGACCCAUGAAAUCGUCCAAAUUUAUAGUUGAUGAAAGUAUCCCUGGUGGUAUGUUGAUUUACUCUCCACUGAGACUUCUUGAGAACAUGGAUUUAAGUAGUGCUGUGGGGCAGCUUCUUAAUGAAGCCAUCCAAGCACAGAACAAAGAUUAUAAAACAGGGAUGACCACAUUGCUGUUUCUUGUUGGUGCAUGGAGCAAUGCUGUACUUGAGUGCCUUCAAUAUGACGUUCCACUUUCACUCAUAGUAGCUAUAAUGUCUGAAGGUUUGGAUUCUUGCAUUGAACAAUUGCAGUGUAUUACAUUAUCACUACACAACAUACAGCAAAAGCUAAAGGAUAUUCCUAUAGAAUGCGAAGGCAUGAGCCUUAUCAAUAGUAGCUCUAGCUCCUCUAGAAAACAGUUUACAGACAUUAAGAAAACAGUUAGCAAGUCUGGCACUAGUAUUUUAAAUCUGCUUAAAAAUGAACCAUCAGAAGAAAAAUCAGAAGAUUAUAUGAUCCAGCAAACAAAUGAUAUCAAUCCAGGCACACCCAUCACCAAUAGUAAGAAAUGUUUACUAUCUGAGUCAAUGAACAGCAAUUUUGUUUCCAGUGUUUGCAAGACAAUGAUUCAGAAAAACUAUGAUUUGCAUAAUUGUCAUUUGGAUGCCUUGACUUAUAACAGCAGAUCAAAAUUAACCCAUAGUAGAUACUUUAGCAAUGUAAAUAAAUAUCAAUCACCACAACAAACUAAUCCCAAUUUACUGGAUGAGUGUCCAAAACCUUUUGACAAGCUCAGUUACUUGGGACAACUCACAUUAUCUCUUAGCCAUGGAAAUGAAUCUGCCACGAAAAUGAUAAAGGACAUUCUCAGAUGCCAGCUUCCAGGUGCCAAUCAAAAAACUGAUACCUGUCCUUUCCAAUUUGAUAUUUCAGAAAUUGUGACAUGCUGUUUAUCAGGAAUAUCUGAAAGUCAUUCGUGUGUUCACCCUGGCUAUAUCACACUUGUAUGUCCAACAAAAGCUGCUGCUGUGAAACAUUUUCAGACUAUGCCUAUUCGUGUUAUUCUUAUAGAUGGUGACCUAACUGAAACUUAUCACCAUUUAGGGUUUAACAGAUUAGAGAAUAUGAGCAUGUUUUCAGAAAAUGUGUCUCAUUCAAAGGAAAGCUCAAGCUUAUGGGUUGAUUCUAUAAUGGACAUUCUGAUUCAGUCUAAUAUUAAUUUAAUUUUGGUACAAGGUGACACAUGUGAAAUUCUAGAAGAAAAAUGUCUCCUACAUAAAAUAGUGAUAAUUAAUCAUGUGGACCAUAACAUAUUGAGAGCUUUUAGUAAUAUUAUGAGAGCUGAGAUAGUGACUUACAUCAAUCAAGUGAAUGAGGAUUGUAUUGUCAAAGGCAUAUGCGUGAAUCUCUAUGGAACUCUGGAAUUAAAUUUGAUGGAGGUCAGUGGCCAAAUCCCACUUGCUUUAACAGCAGAAGGACUUCGAUUGGUAACAGUUGUGCUUUGUUGCCCUUUAAUGUCAAAGAUGCAAGCCAUGGAAGAUCAGUUUUGGACCUGUGUGUACCGUCUGCACCAUGCACUUCUUGAUCAGGCUGUUUUUCCAGGAGGCGGUGCAGUUGAGCUCCUAUGCCUCAGUUUUCUUGAAAAACUAGAAGAAGCAAUCCCAAACUCUACAGGCCAGUUUCAUGUUGCCUCUUCCUGGUUUGCAAAAUCUUCAGAACAAUAUAAAUCUUUGGUGCUUAGUGUUUUGGCAAGUGGUUGGCGCCAGUACCUGUUUGCUGUCAUGGGUAAUGCAGCAAACUGUACCUCAGAGUUUGAAACCCACACUGUCAUACAGCAGCAUCUCAGAAGAGCAGCCAUGCAUGGUUCACCAUCAGCCUACAUCCUGGAGGAAUUUAGUAAGGGAAAGAUAGGAAUAAGCAUUGGACAUUCUGAUAUAGAUGGAAAGGCUUUGAAAGUGUAUGAUAAUAUUGCUGCUAAGAUAGAAGCUUGGCGCAGAGCUCUAGAAUUGGUGCUCUUGGUCCUUCAGACAGAUGCUGAAAUUAUUGCAGGUCCAAAAAAGGAUGAAUUGUUGAAAUCACAAGAAUCAUGUGACUUCCUAUUUUUAUAGGAAUUUGUGUUGCUGUUAACAGAUAGUUAACUGUAUUAAUUAGCUAUUAAUAGUAUUUGUGGGCAAAGUCAGGAGCAAAAAUGUCUCUGAAAACACAGUCCAGAAUGGAACCUUUGUUUCAUAAAACAAAGUUCACCCUCAGGGAAUGAGUUCAAUCCCCGAAAGACUCAUUUCCAUUAUUUCAGUAUAAAUUAUAGCUCUGAUUUCCUUAAUUGGCAAUAAUGUAAUCUGGUGAAAAUUUAAUUGCAGCUGUAUCCCCUUUUUAAUCCCCCAUUCUGUGAAAAUGUUGCAUUUCAUCAAACAGAAAUAUUAAAGGGAUCAAUAGUAUAGAAAAGGUACUUUUAAAGGCAAUCUUUGUAACAACAUGUUCAUUAAAUUUGUUUUAAUAAAUGCUUAUUGAGCAUUUGUGUUUAGAGUGUAAAACUAAUUUUUAAAAAAGGUUGUUAUCUACAUGUGUAAGCAAUAAAUUAGCUCUGGAAAAUAAUAUUUUAAAUAUCAGAAACUAUACUUUUCUGUUCUGCUUUGACUUAAAAUAUUUGAGAGUAUUGCUGUUCUUAAAAUAAAA